AGGGUUAAGUCUUCAGUGCUUUAAUCCAGAGGAAAAUGACUUAUUUUAAAAAGCAGUGAAAAACACCGCAUUCCUCUGGCACAGGAUGAAGACCAGCUCAGCUCUUUAGCCGUGGAUCAUUGUCUAUUGUUCUCCAAAUAGUAAACCGCUAUUUCACACCACGAUUGUCUGCUGCAGUUACACUCUGAGUUCCUGGUUCUUCAUGAAUAUGAAGUGAAGGACUCUGACCCAGAAAGUGGUAGAUAAUCCCACGGGGGUAGGGGGGGAAAGAAAGAAAGGACAGGUAGAAAAAACAAACAGACUUUAUGGGAUUCUCUACUCUGGAAAUUUCCUGUGGAUUCUAAGCAAGGCAAAAUGGGGUCUCGGAAGUAUGGAGGCUGCCUAAGUUUUCUGCUGAUUCCGCUUGCACUUUGGAGUAUAAUUGUGAAUAUAUUACUGUAUUUCCCAAAUGGGCAAACUUCCUAUGUGUCCGACUCUGGCAAUAAACUCAGCAACUACGUGUGGUAUUUCGAAGGACUCUGUUUCUCAGGUGUCAUGAUGCUCAUAGUGGCAGCAGUUCUCCUUGUAUUGGAGAGUGACACCUAUCGGUGGUGCAAACGUGAAAACUGCAGCAAGAGAUACAUGGCCCUGCUAUCGACGAUCUUUUCUGCCCUGGGAAUUGCUUUCUCUGGAUACUGCCUGGUCAUGUCUGCCUUGAGCCUUGUCCAGGGCCCAUACUGCCACACCCUCAAUGGUUGGGAGUAUGCCUUUGAAGACACUGCAGGACGUUUCCUUACAGACUCUAGCAUAUGGAUUCAGUGCCUGGAACCUGCACAUGUUGUGGAGUGGAACAUCAUUUUAUUUUCCAUCCUCAUAACCCUGAGUGGGCUUCAAGUGAUUGUCUGUCUCAUCAAAGUAGUCAUUCAGUCAUCCAAGAUACUGUGCGGAACCUACUCAGUCAUCAUCCAGCCUGGAAUCAUUUGAAUAAGGACAAGAAUGUCUUUCCUUAUCAAGAUAUGGCCAUCUAUCUGACUCUUAUCCCUACAAUAAAAGGUCAAGGGCAACAUUCAAAUUCAAAUGCUGGCGUUUUCUUCAUUUGGUGCUUACUGUGCCCACUUGUGAAAUUUAUGAUUGUAGGUUGGAAGUACCAGUUAUGUCACCCUUACCUCAAGAAUCUUUUCCUAAACAAUAUGUAUCAGGAAUUUGAGAAAUAUUUAUGCCUUUUAACCAAACAAAUUCAUUUUUACGAAUAUAUACCAUGAGAGUAAAUAAGAUUAUGAGAUUUAAUUUAUGCAAAUAUGUAAAUUGCAACAAUUGUUUAAUAUUCUAGAUAAGUACAAAUACUUGAAAUAGUCUAACUUUAGGGAACAGAUUAAACAAAAUGUGGUUCAUUAAUUAUAAAAUUACAGGGGUCAGAAGGUGGCAUGUGGUUAAGGGCACUGGACUCCCACAU